GUACGGUAAAAUCAUACAGUUUGUGAAUUUGGCAGCGAAAAAUAAACUUGAAAUUCUGCGUUAUAUAACAGGAGACGGAAAAGAAAGGGAAUAAAACCAGUAUUUUGAGGUUAAACCACAGUAUUUUUUUUUUGGUAUUUUGUGCAGUAAAAUUGUGCGACUAUUCAGAAAUGCAAGAUCUUAUGUAAAAUGGUGUAAGAUGAACCAUAACUUUGUCUGGACACAUAUUCGUCAAAACAAUACAUAAAUGUGAAAAACGUAAAAACUAUGGAGGAAAAGAACUAGCUGUUAACGGAUUUGUCUUACUCAAUUUUUUAAGGAGAGUUGUUUAAAAAAGCAGUGGAAAAUACACACAUUUGGUAAAAUGUCUUAUUAGUAUACAGAGGGAGUACCAAUAUUAAGUGAGGCUUUGGAAAUAAUUAAUUCAUGAAUGAAAAUUUCAUUGACGACCUAAACGGGCUUACCCCCUUCCCGGACUCUCCACACAACAUGUCCGAAGUUUUGCCCGGGGAGAGAAGUAUAACUUCAGUACUUAACGACACGGGAGGAGGUGAACUGGUCAGGACAGGGAGCCCCAACUUUGUGUGUACAGCCCUUCCCUCUCACUGGAGAUCCAACAAGACUCUCCCCCUGGCCUUCAGGGUCGUGGCCCUGGGGGAUAUAAAGGAUGGGACUAAGGUCCAAGUCUCCGCGGGAAAUGAUGAAAAUUUCUGUUCUGAAUUAAGGAAUUGCACGGCAUAUAUGAAGAAUCAAGUGGCAAAAUUUAACGACUUGCGUUUCGUUGGACGUAGCGGACGCGGAAAAAGUUUCACAUUGACGAUUACAGUAUGCACACACCCUCCCCAAGUUACUCUUUAUCAGAAGGCCAUAAAAGUCACAGUAGACGGACCACGAGAUCCGCGCAGCAAAAUCAAACUGCGGACGGACGAUCGUCGGGUUCGAGGUCCUCUCGACAUGCCUUCGGACAGAAAUCCAUUUCCGAAUCCUUUGGAAUCCACUCGAUUUACACAACACAUGUCUGACUGGGGUCCAGUCCGCAGACCUACGUCACAUCCGGGGGAUGCUUCCAGACGACUACAGUCCGCAGAUUCCAAUGGUUUCCAUCACAAUGAUCCACUCGCGAAAAGAAAUCAUUGGGGAUUCGAUCCCUCUCCGUACCCCUCCAUCACCACCCACGCAUCAGUCCCACCCUAUACUCAGUCUCAAGGACUAUCUGUCACAGGUAAAAUUUUCAGAAGACAUCAAAUUACCCCUGCCACUCCCAUCACUCAACCAAUGGAGCAGGUGCUUCAAGACAACAGAAUUCCAAUUAUGUCCAAGGAUAGCACCCAGUUAGACAUUUUACCCCCAAAUCAGGAUAGAUCAAUGCCUGUUAUUAUUCCAGACCCCCAGCGAGCCGACGGGACUACUCUAGAACAAAGAUCGUCAUCACUUGAUCAACAACUUUCGCUGUUCCAGAGAUUUCCUGAACACAGAAUGUCCGAGUCUCGUUUUCAAGAUUCCAGACACCUGUUUGGUUCCUCCAGUUUACCGCCAUAUCCAUCUACAAAUUCGAAUCUCGCAAUUCUACGCGAAAGUGCUAUUUUAAGAGCCUCUGAAAACAUUUCUAGAGAAAUUAAUCGUGAAAUAUCAUUGCCUAUACCUGGGUCCCAUAAUAGUUACCCCAUGAUGACCACAAACGAAAUUCUGGAUCGAAUCAACCCACCAACGACCAUGACGUCAUCAUAUUUGAGCACAUCUCCAACAUUACCUUUUUAUCCACAUAUUUAUUCAAAUCAGCCACCCAUGCAAUCCAGUAUACUAUUUCCAGAAGAAAGAACAUACGCAAUUUUAGGUCAGAGGUCACAGGAAAUUAACACAGUGAGAGCAGACCGGCCUCUCUCUGGAACCCCGCCGCGCUUGCCCAUCGAGGGUCCAAACAGACAAAUGCUUCGAGACGACGUUGAUGAACGAUCAAGAAUGGAAGCAGUUCGCGCAAAUAUCAUGCAGCCAAUGGAAACUCACGUAACAGACGCCAACAAUUCUCCCGUUCGCCAAGGCGGGAAUUUGAAUACCGUUGCUGACGUUUCAUCAGUAUGGCGACCAUAUUGAGGACAAUCAUAUACACUUUUUCCCUGCAACUUCCCAUGUUGCUAUUGUAAUUUUCACAGUCUUGUUGAAAGCAACAAAGUGUUUUUCUUCGCUGAAUUUGACAGUUGUUUUCGAAAAGAAGGCUAGCGCAUGAGUUUUGAGGAAAUGACGUCGAUCAGACGGAUUUGAACAGACGUGAUAUUUUGUUGAUGUACAGAUGUACAGUGUAUGUAGCACGAGAUAGAGGAGACUGAUACUGAUUUGAUGGUGCUUGAAGACGGUGUAUUUUGAGGACAUUGUCCUGUAGAAUCAGCUUUGGUUCUGUGAUCUCAAUUUGCGUUGAUUUACGCUUGAAAUGUACAACGUGUUUAUUCUCGAAUGUUGUGUUAAAAGUCCAGUGUUUUUGAUCUCAAAGAUUUGUGAAAAGUUAACUCUCUUUGUACCUUUUUAUAAAAUUGCGAACUGUGAACAUUGUGCUAAAUAUGGAAGAUAAAUUUUCAGAUUGUAUUCAUUAGCUUUGCCACAUGUCCUUGAAUUUGUGCAAGGACUUUUUUGACAAGUUCAAAUGUUGUAAAUUUUUAACGAUUUAUAUUACAAUCAAUUUUGCCAAAGAAAUCCCUUGGGAUGAGUAAAACUUAGAAAUGAAUCACGAAAACAGAUUGUCUUUAAUGAAAGAUGGAAAGUAUUAUAGAAAAUGUUUGUACAUCCCGUUCAUAUAUUUAUUAAGAUAUCCCGUUAUUUUCAUUCCACUUUUCAAUUUUUUGUGUCUUUUUAUGUGAUCUUUCCAUGUUUUCAAGAUUAACAACAAAAUUCCUUUUAUAAGUCCACCUCUAUUUUUUAUUGUCGAUAAUGUUGUCUUGUUUUUGGUAUGGUAUCCUUGAAUAUCAUACAGAUAUCCUGUACGACAUUUGUAUUUAACCGUUUUGAAGAUUAAUAUGUCUACCUUCCUUAAAAGGUUACUCAUAAAAAAUCACCUUAUUGUAUUUUUAGACCAAUUUGUCUCUGAAACAAACUUUUAAAAAGAAAAUCAAGUAUAGAAUGGUUUUAGAAAUUACCAUGAUUUUAUCAGUUUACGAGUUCUCUCUGUCUAGAUAUUUUUGACGAAAGUGCUGUUAAAUCUUAGACUCUGGUCUCUGAUGAAUUGUUUUGAUACUCUUUUGUAUUUUUUCGCUUUAGUGCUGUCUGUUUUCGUGUAUGUCCGCACUUUUGUGUGGUUAUUCAAUAAAAUGUUGAUAUAUGUAA